AUGGUCCCUACUGUUAGCGUAGCUUCAGCAUACGGCGCGCGCCAUGUAGAGAAGAUCGAUCCUCCAGCGGCAGAAGCCGCCCUGCCAACAGCUCCCGAUGCCAUCGCGGUCCAGGAAGCUCUGGCCACCGCCCCAAACACGAGCAGCUCAGCUUUCGACCGUCUGCUGCUCCACUUCUGCCGCUGCAUCAACACGCGUAGCGGCACUGACACGACCUUAUUCUUCAUCAGCAACUGCCUCCGCAUAACAUGCGACUCCCUGGAUGCGUUUUCCUCUCCGGAGCCGACCUUCGGCGCUACCCAGAGGCUCUUUCGCAUGCUACGCGUCCGCUUCCCACUCUGCUCGGCUGCUCGACUCUCGUUUCUGGCCACUCUAGCUCGUCGGGUGGCGGGCGUCAUCAAACUCGUUGUGCCCAUGAUUGGUAAUUGGCGUACCAUGAACCGCAUGCUGGGUUUGCUGGGCGUGUAUGUUGACGCCAAGGACGUCAUCUUUCGUAUUCGUACUCAGCUCAGCAACCUCGAUCCCCCGGGUCGAUUCAUGCUCGGCCUCGAGACGAUUCAGCUCUUCAUCGCUGCGGUUUACCAUGUGUCGGAUGCAGCCCCGUGGCUGAGCAAGAAGAAGAUAAUCAGUCUGUCUCCAAAAGCGUGCAGCCGGUUAGAUAAGAUCAACGCGCUGUGCUGGCUGGCUGAAGUGUACAUCGACUUGGUGUACCUGCUCAUGCAGAGAGCACAGCGAGCGCCGUGCGUGGAUAAGAAAGCACAGCAAGACUGGGAGGGGAAGUGGAAAAUCAAGUUCCUCAAGCAGCUCUCAUGGGCUCCGGUCACGGUCCAUGGUGCAAUGGCCCAAGGGAUCAUGCCCGAGUUUGCUUCGCUACUGCUUGCUGCAUACCCGGCUUCUGCCUCAAUGAGGAUGUUAUGGAACGAGACUGCAUGA